AUGGGCAAAUGUGGGAUGCUCCGACUGGUCCAGUCUCUGGGCGUGGCGAUCUACCGCGCUCUGGACUGGGGGCUGGAUGACAGCGAGGAGCGGGAGCUCGGCCCCCAGCUGGAGCGCCUCAUCGAACGCAUGGCCGGCGGGGUUCAGGGCGGAGAGGGCGUCUGCGCCGGCGGCAACAGCGCCACAGAUGAAGGGUACAGUGGCCAGGAGGAGGAGGAGGAGCAGGAGGAGCAGGAGGGAGCCACGAGGCCCGUGUGCACGUUCCGCCAGGUGAUGGCGCUGUGUGCGUCUCGGCUGGCUGACCCCAGCUUGGCUCCGGAGCACUACCAGGCCGUCUGCAGGGCUCUGCUUGUAGAGACCCUGGAGCUGCAGACCUUCCUCAUCAAGAUCCGAGACGCUAAGGAGAUGCUGAAGAAGAUCACAACACAGGAAACUGAUGACAGGUCCACAGCGGAGCUGGACGCCCUGAAACACACAGACUGGGCACGCCUGUGGGUGCAGCUGAUGAAGGACCUCAGGCAGGGAGUGAAGCUGAAGAAGGUGCAGGAGCAGCCGUUCAACCUGCUGCCCACCGAGUUCAGCCUCACGCCCUUUGAGAUGCUGAUGCAGGACAUCCGGACUCGCAAGUUCCAGCUCCGCAAAGUCAUGGUGGACGGUGACAUUCCCACCACAGUGAAGAGGAAUGCCCAUGAAAAGAUCCUGGAUUUCAUCAGAUCCAGACCUCCACUUAAACCAGCUUCGGAGCGCAGCCUCCCCCCCCCUCCCCUGCAGCAGCAGUCCCUCCAUGAAAAGGUCCUAGCGGGGAUCAAGCAGGAGAGGAAGCUCAGGCCGGUGGUCCUGCCCAGCUCCAGACCUUUUGGCUCUCUGCCCUGCCUGGCUCAGACUUGUCCAUGCGACGUCAAAUCCACGUCAUGCAUGGACCUGUCCGUGUCGGAGCCCCGGCCAACCCGCCCCCGCAUCCUGCUGAAGGCCCCGACUCUGGCCGAGAUGGAGGAGAUGAACAUCUCCGAGGAGGAGGAGUCCCCAGACAGCGGGGAGCUGAGGAGGACGGAGAGCUCGCCGACCCCUCUGAAGAGGGACCGCUCCUUCUCGGAGCACGACCUGGCCCUGCUGCGCUCCGAGGUGCCCCCCUCGCUGGGCGUGGUGGUCCGGCUGAGGGGGGAGAGGCCUCGGUCCAGGACGCUGACCGGUGCCGGUCCGCCUCCUUAUCACAGAGCCUCCUACCCGCUUCAUGGCUGGGUGCCGCCCUCUCCGGCCCGCCUGUCUCUGAGUUCGGUGGACGAGUCCACAGAGGGAUCAGAGACUCGGUCGUGCUCCAGGGCUGCAGAUGAGCACCAGUGGAUGGAGGAGUUCAGCCACCCCGUGGAGAGCCUCGCCUUGACGGUGGAUGAGGUCAUCAACGUGCGCAGAGUGCUGGUCAAAGCGGAGAUGGAGAAGUUUCUUCAGAACAAAGAGCUCUACAAUAACCUGAGGAGAGGCAAGGUCUGCUGCUGCUGCAGGGUGAAGUUCCCUCUCUUUUCAUGGCCGUCUACCUGCUUGCUGUGUAAAAGAUCUGUCUGCGGCUCCUGCAGUGCAAAGAUGAAGAUUCCCUCAAAGAAGAUGGCCCACAUUCCUGUGUACACUGUCGGCUUCCACAGCGCUCCAAAGAGCCACGGACACAAGAGCCAAGUCUAUAAGUCCCUCCGCAGCUUGUCCCGCCGCUCGGUAGAGGAGGAGUUCCCCCACCUGUACGCCCACGGCUGCACGCUGCGCAUCAUCUGCGCCGAAUGCACCAAAUUCGUCGCCGACGUCAUUUCCUCCAGCCGGCGGAGUCUGGACAUCCUCAACAACACCCCCAAGAGGGAGGCCCGAGCUGCCACCGCCACCACCGCCACUCCUCAGAGACCACAGCUGCAACGUCAGUCACACCUCGAGACUUGCCCUCACCCUCACCCUCAGUGUCACCCUCAGUGUCACUCUCCACCUCAGUGUCACUCUCCACCUCACCCUCAGUGUCACUCUCCACCUCACCCUCAGUGUCAGCCCCAGCUCCCUACCCAGUCCCACCAUCAUCAACAUCAACAGCAGCAGCGGCUUCACGGGUCAUCGGCGUCUCCUUCGCAGCAUCUCCUCACCAAGACGAUCGACAACGUGAACAAUGAGUAGAUGAAUGACUUUUUGAUGCCGUUCUGCCCACACGCAAACGCUCCAUAAUGAGUUUUGCUCUUCCGCUACACUGUGUGCACACACAAAGAUGCACAAUCAAAGUUCUUUAAAUAUUGCCGGGUCUUGCAUUAAGUGCGUUAUUAAACGGUUAUGCUAUGAUACAUAAACCUUUUCUGGUGACUGACCUUUUAUCCCAUUCUGCCAACACACACACACACACUCUUCUUUUUUAGUUUUGCUCUUGCGCUACACUGUAUGCACACACACACACACAUGUGCACACAAACAGGAGGGUUCUUUAAGGGUUCUAGUGGUUACAUGCACACCAGUAAUGAAAUAGAAAUCGAUACAUAAUCCAGUGGGGGUCCUUCAAAGUUCUUUAUUGCUGGGUGGAGCAUUCCUUUUGUUAUUUAACAGUUAUGCUGUGAUGCAUAUAAACCUUUUCUGUGGCUGCGUAGAAUCUAGAGACUCUAAACCACCACCUCACCCAUUAUCCAGUUCCCAACUACAUUACCUUCCAUAUCUCCCCAUCUCCCCCAGCACAUGUGCUAACUCCCCCAAGGACACUUUGUAAGGUUUGAGUAAGGAGCUGCGCAGGAGGAAAGUGCUGGUGCUUGUGGGAGUAUGCACUGUGGAGGUGGUGCUGGUCGUUUGAGGAGGACAAAAGCUGCGUGGCAUAGUAACAUGUAAACCUAGCGUUUUAGCGCAUUGUGGUUGCCUUGUUUGUUUUUUGUCAUGAAUGUAACUUAGGACACAGACCGACAUGUAAAAAGAUAAGCUUGUACACAGUGUAAUAACGUUUAUUUUUAAGCAUCCCAAUAAGGGAUCGGUAACGAGUGGCUGCUGCAUAACGAGGCCUCUUUUUAGUGUUUUCAGACGUGCUUGUAAAGCCCCAGGUGCAGCUGGACGAGGUGCGACACUGUGAAUGUAUCGGGGCGACGCUGCAGAACGCACCUUUUUUUAAUUUGUGUCUUUUGAACCGACUCAGCAUGGUGAUGCUGAUGUGUAAGCGAGCAGAUGAAACCCCCGCCUCUCUCACUCCCCGUGGACGCUUGCAAUCUGCUCUGGUUUUGUAAACACUAACUAAAGCUCAACUGCAAUAAAAUCAAACGACAAACACGACCAGUGCUGCGUCUGACUUCGACUGUUCCCUUCAGCUCAGCUGUUCUGUGGCCGCAUCGAGGCCUCAGUCUGUCACACUCUCCUGAACCUCUUCAGAACACCUGGAGCGAAUUUCAUUGAAUUUGGCACAAACCUGGACUAGAGGAUGAACUGAUUUAGAUGUCGGUUGUUGACCUCACAAAUCUCAUUUUUGCCCAUAACUAAUAGGAAUCCAUGUGCUAAUUGUGACAUGUUUGCACAAGAUGAUUAGGGGAUGACAUUUUGGACAGCAAAAAAAAAAGCAUUUAAUUUGCACGAAGCCAUUUUUAAUCAAAGCCCUCAACAAAAAUGUUUAAUUAUCCAACAAUCUGAGGAACGACUACGAUGGGAACUAAGCAGGGAAGUUGUCUUGAUUACAACAAUACAGGUAGUUCUAUAGUGUGAAGCCUAAUCACUGUUGUUUACAUCCAUCUUUACAUCCCCAACAUGUGUUCGAUACACUUCCUUUCAAGGUCACACCAAAGGCACUUUGACAACAGUCCCCACCGUGGGGCCCUUGCCCCCAACGAUCUCUAAUUUAAGACCUCGUAGUAGCUCCAGGGCCCCUGAUUUAGAUGGAAGCGAUCCUCGCUGGCUACACCACCAGGCGUUGCUGUGUUCCACAGGUAGAGACCAAAUUGGAACUAUUUUUCAGGAUUAUAGCCUGAUGAUAAUCAUUUCACUACAAUAAUUCAGACAUUGUGUUUAAGUCGGCUGACUUUUGGUGAGGAAAGCGCGCACACAUCCGUCCUGCCAACAUCAUUUUGUGAUUCCGCUUGCAAGGAGCAGUUCACUUAUUGCUUUGCAUCGUUUAAGAGGAGUCAUUUCUGCAUAUUGAUUUACAACCUGUACAACUGUGUCAACCUCAUCCAUGCUUUUCGCCAAGCAGGCAUGUCUGUAGCUCUGUGGCUAUCAUGCUGUAAAGGAAGACGACGUCGGCAUUCUUAAUAAAGCUCUGAUUUGUCGACUUG